UUUCUGUCAAUUCGGACUCACUCGUUACAAGUCUUGACACUAACUCUGCAACCAUGGCUGACGAUCGUGAUUACGAAGGCAUGACUCCUGAGGAGAUUGCCGAGCUCAAGAAGAAGAGAACCUUCAGAAAGUAUACCUUCCGUGGUAUCGAUCUUGAUGCUCUCCUCGAUCUCUCCAGCGAGCAGCUUAUGGACAUUGUCCACGCCCGCGCCCGCAGACGCUUCCAGCGUGGUCUCAAGCGCAAGCCCAUGGGUCUGAUCAAGAAGCUCCGCAAGGCCAAGAAGGAGGCUCUCCCCAACGAGAAGCCCACCACCGUCAAGACCCACCUCCGCAACAUGAUCAUCGUCCCCGAGAUGAUCGGCUCCGUCGUCGGUGUCUACAACGGCAAGGUCUUCAACCAGGUUGAAAUCAAGCCCGAGAUGGUCGGCCACUACCUCGGCGAGUUCUCGAUCACCUACAAGCCCGUUAAGCACGGUCGUCCCGGUAUUGGUGCCACCCACAGCUCGCGAUUCGUUCCUCUCAAGUAAAGGAGAGAAUUUUGUCAUUUGCUGUUUGUGAAUGUUGUAAAAACCAUAAUAAACCCCUCCGUCGAUUCGCAGAAUGCUGUCGAUCAACACGGAGGUCGACCGAACAUACACCACGCCCACUUUUCUUCUGUCUCUGGAUCAUCUCUUAUAUUGUGUGUUGAUUAUGAUGAGUCUGACGGACCAAAUCGAGUGCUGGGGUGAAUGCACAACGCGGGAACAACGCCGGGAGGAGAUGCGGUAAUAUAUAUAGUCAUGUCGGCGAGGGGA